AUGAUUCAUGCUGCUGAUGCUCACCACUGCAGGGCUGCUGCUGACAGCAACACGGUUCUGCAGCAGGCGCAGCCUCAGUGGGUUCAACGCAUGCUGGCUGCUGUGGACAGGGUGUGUCCUCUGGCGGACAACACUGGGGAUCGGAAUCCCUGGGUGGGCUGCAACCCGUCGGGGCCGCGAGCCCGCAGCAACGAAGCGCAGUCAACGUGUACAAUAUGGCGGAUAACAUUGAAGGACUUCAGUGUUAUGUUGGAUUUUCGGUGGACCACUUGGGAUAUCUUCGAGAAUGUAAUGCUGGUGUUCCAUGUGUCACGACGUUCAACCCAACGGAUACAGAAAAUGUUUGUUCAGGAGAAAAACUCACAGGAUCUGACCUUUUGUCAUGAAAAGGAGCUGAAGAAGAAAAGAAAAAGAACUAUAUAUCUCAAAGCAAAUGCUGAGAACCUGAAGCAACUCACCGAAUAA